AUGGCGGAGGCCGAGGCUGGGGUUUUGUCGCGGGUGUCGGACGUUGAGAUCGACGGCGACGGCGUCUUCAAGUACGUGCUGGUGCGCGUACGCGCGGCCGGCGGCCCUGGGAAGGAUGUCGUGCGCGGCCACGGUUGGGCCGACUACCACGGUGAAGCCGACAUUUACGAGCGGACGGCGCAGGAACUGGCGCAGCAGGGCCUGGACUGUGAGUGCCUGGGGGGAGGCCGCCUCUCCCACCGCCCCGAUGAAAAGAAGAUCCACGUCUACGGGUACUCGGUGGGCUUCGGGCGAGCAGACCACUCUGUGACUACGGAGAAGCUGAAAGCCAAGUACCCAGACUACGAGGUCACAUGGGCGGAUGAAGGCUACUGACUCGCUCUGGCCAGGCAGUGGCCUUGGCACCAGCCUGGAGCUGAUGCAGCUGAAUCUGGCAUC